AUGGAUUGUCAGGAUGAGAAGGAGGGCAACCCCCCCAGGUCAGAGAGGAGGUUCAGUCUGUGGUACAUCGGCUGGUCCUCCCUGGACAGGCGGACCACCCUGCCCAUGCUGCCCUGGCUGGUGGCGGAGAUCCGGAGGAGGAGUGAGAAGAACGACUCCGGUCCGGUCCAGGCCAGGGAGGUCCAGCUGGUCCUCACGCCUCUCGUGGUCCGCUGUGUUCCGUCCAGAAACGCCAACUCCUCGGUCUUUAUUUUCGAGCACAAAGCCCAGCUUAUCUCCCGCUUCAUCCACAACAGCAAUGACCUGACGUACUUCGCCUACCUGCUGCGAGGCCAGCCGGAGAACCCGGAGUCCGAGAUGUCCUGUCACGUGUUCAGGGCCUGCGAGCCCAACCAGGUUCCUGAGGUGAUCAGCGGCAUUCGCCAAGUGUCCAAAUCGGCCCUGAAGGAAGAUGCCAAGCCCAAGCAAGAGACAGAUGAGGCCUUUUACAACUCUCAGAAGUACGAAGUCCUCUACUGCGGCAAGGUGACAGUUGGGCACAAGAAGGCUCCGUCUACCCUCAUUGAUGACUGCAUUGAUAAGUUCCGGCAGCACGAAGUGGAACGUAAGCACAUGCGUUUGCUCAACGGUCAGAGGAGCUCGACUGAGAACGCCCCUGUGGAGUUUAUACUGGGAGGAGAAGGAGAACCCCUCUCCUCCAUCCUGAAUGAGGACCCGGAGGACGGCGACAGGCGAAGGUCGGUGGACAUGACCAAUGGUGGAGGUCCAGGCCUUUCCAGCAGUGCCAGUCAGGGAAACCUGAGGGGUGCAUUUCCGGAGUGUAUCUUGGAGGAUUCAGGUUUUGAGGAGCAGCAGGAGUUCCGGACUCGCUGCAGCAGCCUGGCGGGGAGCCUGCAGAGGAAACCCGGGGAGGGUGUCAUGAUGGGCCCAACACGCCGCCGACAUGCCAGCGCCCCCAACCAUGUUCAACCCUCCGAUGCAGACAAGAACCGCACCAUGCUCUUCCAGGUGGGGCGUUUUGAGAUAAACCUCAUAAGUCCCGAUAGUAAAUCAGUGGUGCUGGAGAAGAACUUUAAAGACAUCUCAUCUUGCUCUCAGGGAAUAAAGCAGACGGACCAUUUCGGGUUCAUUUGUCGGGACGCUGUGGAGUCUGGCCCCAGUCAGUAUGUCUGCUACGUCUUUCAAUGUGCCAGCGAGUCCCUGGUGGAUGAGGUGAUGUUGACUCUGAAGCAGGCGUUCAGCACCGCAGCAACCUUGCAGAGCAGCAAGACGCAGGUCCAGCUGUGUGAAGCCUGCCCCAUGCACGACCUGCACAAACUGUGUGAGCGAAUUGAGGGUCUCUAUCCACCCAGGGCUAAGCUAGCUAUCCAAAAAUAUCUCUCCCAGCUGUCUGACAACGAGCAGGCGGAUAUUUUUGAGCGGGUUCAGAGAAUGAAGCCCGGAUGCGACCAGGAGGAGAAUGAGCUGGUGAUUCUCCAUCUGAGACAACUGUGUGGAGCCAAACAAAAGUCCCACCUCCACAUCGGAGAGACCCCUCAGAACGCUCCAAACAACAUGGCAGCAGGAGACGGCAUGACCAGCGGCGGUCGCUUCAAGCUGGAUAUCCUGAAAAAUAAAGCCCGCACCUCCCUCACCAGCUCUCUGGAGAACAUCUUCUCACGGGGUGCCAGCCGUAUGCGGGGCCGUUUGGGAAGCAUGGGAAGCAUGGGCAGUUUUGAGAGACAGGACGAGGAGUCCCCAAGUCAUUCCCCUCCUGGUUCCCCGACCCAGUUAACUGACGAUGAUCCGGAGGCAGGCCUGCAGUUCCGCCGCCGUGCCCACACCUUCAGCCACCCGCCCGUGAAGAAGCGCAUCUCUUUCGAGGGUCAGACAGCCAGCCAGAGCAAACAGGCGCCGCUCCGCAGACAACAGUCUGUGACCCCCGAACUGCUGCAGGCCAGCCCCGUGGUCGUCUCGAGAACGCGCAGUGUCUCGGAGAGCGAGUCCUCCAUCAGCUUCCCCUCCUCCUUCUCCGCUCCCACUUUCCUGAAAAGCUUUUACCAGGGCUCGCUGGGCUCUCUGAGCUCCUUGGCUGACAGUGGGAGCCUCAAGAGCACCGGGGAAGGCAGGAGGAGGACUCUGUCCAGCUGCAGCAACGACUCUGUGAACGGAGGAGGUCCGCCGCCGACCCCCCGCAGGGUCUCCUGGAGGCAGAAGAUCUUCCUGAGUGUCGCCUCCCCCAUGAACAAGGCCUCCGCAUCCAUGCCGCACACAGAGCACUGUGAUUCCCGGGAGCUACUGCCUCUGUCUCCACAUGCGUCAGACCUGCGGCAGGACCUCAUGGGACGUCUGACCCCCCUCUCGGGUGACCCGCUAACCGGAGAGAGGCUCAAGAGAACUAGGGCCGACUACCGGACCCUCUGGAAGACUGCCAUCCACCAGCAGAUCCUACUGCUGCGUAUGGAGAAGGAGAACCAGAGGCUGGAGGCGAGUCGUGAUGAGCUGCACAUCCGUAAAAUGAAGCUGGACUACCAGGAAGUGGGCCAGUGCUCCAAAGACGUGACGGCAUUAUGGGAGAGGAAGCUGACCAUGCCGGGCAGAACCACAGUCCCACAAGACAAAGAAGAGAUUUAUAAUGCACUCUGCCAAGGCAUUCCUAAGGCCCGGCGAGGGGAGGUGUGGCUGCUCUUGUCCCAUCAGCACCGUCUGCGACACAGACUGUCCUCCCGUCAGCAAGCCCCAGACACCCCCUACCAGGACCUGCUGAAACAGCUCACCGCCCAGCAGCACGCCAUUCUGGUGGACCUGGGCCGGACCUUCCCAACUCACCAGUACUUCUCUGCUCAGCUGGGUGCCGGCCAGCUCUCCCUCUACAACCUGCUGAAGGCCUACUCACUGCUGGACACAGAGGUGGGUUACUGCCAAGGAAUCAGCUUUGUGGCCGGCCUGCUGCUGCUCCACAUGAGUGAGGAUCAGGCCUUCGACAUGCUCAAGUUCCUGAUGUAUGACCUUGGCUUCAGACGCCAGUACAGACCAGACAUGAUCUCUCUGCAGAUUCAGAUGUACCAGCUUUCUCGACUGUUGCACGACUACCACCGCGACCUGUACGACCACCUGGAGGAGCACGAGGUGUGUCCCAGCCUGUACGCGGCGCCCUGGUUCCUCACGCUCUACGCCUCUCAGUUUCCCCUGGGCUUCGUCUCCCGCGUCUUUGAUUUUCUGUUUGUCCAGGGAACCGAGGUCAUCUUUAAAGUGGCCCUGUGUCUGUUGAGUAGCCACGAAAAGGAGAUAGUGGAGUGUGACAGCUUCGAAGCGAUUGUCGACUACCUAAAAACUACAAUUCCCACCUUGACUCAGACCCAGAUGGAGCAAACCAUCGCCAAGGUCUUGGAGAUGGACAUCUCCAAGCAGCUGCAUGCGUACGAGGUGGAGUACCACGUGCUGCAGGACGAGAUGGUGGACGCCAGGCCGCUUCUGGAUGACUCGGAGCGCCUGGACAAACUGGAAAAGACCAACGUCCAGCUGAAGAAACAGAACAUGGACCUGCUAGAAAAACUCCAGGCUGCACGCCAGAAGAUUCAGACGUUGGAGACGAACAUGGAGAACUUCCUGUCUCGGGAGAGCAAGAUGAAGCACAUGAUUCGCUCUCUGGAGCAGGAGAGGGCGGCGUACCAAAAGACCAUUGAACGCAUGCGCUCGUGCUUUCCCCCCGACACCCUGGCAGAUGUGGAAAUGACCCAAAUCAAAACAGGACCCAAUGGGAAAACCAAACCCGCCGCCAAGAAGCCCUGAUGGGUACCAGGGUGGGGCGGGGGGGCUCUGUCCGCUCAGCGUGGACAGACAGAUAGAUGGGCAAACGGACAGACAGACAGCUGGGCAGGCAGACACUGGUGAGCACAGAGACAUGUUGAAUACGGCUCAGUAGCAGACAGGUGAGCCCAAGGUCCAAUCUUAUACUGCCACUCUUUGUGUGGCAGUAUAAGAUUGAGCGCGUGAUGUCUGGACCUUCAAACAGGCAACCGGUGUGGGGAAACGGUCUGAAUGAUAUUUUUUCAGUGGUUAAUAAUGAUUGUAGCUGUAGCACUGUUAAUUAUAAUGACCCCAGACUGCUGCAUCAGUGCGCCAAAGCUACUUUUCUCUCUCUCCAGUUUCACUGCCAGUCAGACGGGAAGAUCAAACUGCUCGGCAUCCCCGUUCGUCUCUAUUGCCGUCCAGAAGUAAUCAGUGGGGUGCUUGCUACGAGUUCUGCCGGUUCACUAAAAAAGGGAUGGGGGUGGGGAUCUCUUCCUCUGCACACCUUCACAAUCACCUGCCUUUCUUUUACACACAACCAGUUGUACCUUCUCUCUGGUGCUGCACAGGUGGACGGAGGUUGCCUGUUUGUUCAUUACCCAUCAGAGUUGGACCUGAUCCUCCAGCCUCUCGGUGCAGUGUUUCUUAUGAUGUAAAAAUGUGACCGGCUGAUCACAUUGCAAACUAAUUUCAUUUUACUUGAAAAUUUAAUGUGAAUGUAAAUUUCCCUCCAAAGAGCAUUGUGAAAGGCUUGUCGUGUUGCGUGGGAUGGCUUCUUCUGGCUCGGCGUCCACCACGUCAGGCCCUACCCUUCAGAGGAUUCGGCAAUACCUCCGUUGCUCCCCUCUUUUUGCAUCACAGUAAAAAUGGGAUGUUUUCAGCAGCGGCUGUGUGAGAGAACCCAGAUAUUUGCCAGUUGAGUUUUCUGCUGUUCUGUCAGAGGAAGUGCUCUGUCCAAAUUCCGGGCAGGAUGUGAGAUAGUCUGCCUUCACAGUUUCCUGUGUGACUGACGGUGAAGUCGCCUGGCUGUCAGAGCCACAUUCAGAUGCUGAUGUCAUCCGUCUCUCUGCGAGGAACUGCAGGCACUCGAAAUGAAGGGUGGAGCAUCACGAUGGACCAGAAUCAACAGUGUAGCCCAUGUGUCUCAUUUUAAAGGCCAUUUCUCUCUCUUCUCUCUCGUUUUGUAACCUGUGAUUCAGGUUGUUCCGAUUGUUCGGAUGCUUUAAAUAAUCAUCAGAGUGCUUCCUGAGAGCAGACCCAUGAGCUGUCUGUAAUUUUUUUUUCUGUUAGGUUGACACUGAUGUUGUCUUGCUCCAAAAAAAUGUAGACGGCCAACGCCUGUGGUUCCUACACAGUCGGUCAAUGAGCUGCUUUUCUUGUUCAGAGAGAAGUGUCAGUCUGAAGGCCUUUACACAGCGGGGCUGUUUUUUAUCAUGCAAUUAAUUCGCCCGUCAAUAUAUAUAUAUUUUUAGAACUAUUGUUUUUGUCAUAAGUACUUUCACACAGAACGCAGAUAUGAUGCAGCGAAAAAGCGAGGUCGAUUUUUCUGAUUGGCACCGCGAAUAAAGGCAUCAACCAAUCACGUUGUGCGUAACGGACGUUAUGUCACAACUCCUAACGACAAUGGCGGAUCUGUUGAUUGUUUGAGUUUCUCAUCACGCAGUACUGUAUGACGAGGGACAAAAAGAUUAUAAAGACAAUGGAGCCAAGGACAAUUUGUGGAGGAGCAUCGCCGAACAACUAUCAGGACUCGGGAACAUUUAUUUGUCUUUCUAUUUCAUGAAAUGAAAUAUCGUUUCCCCCCAGCCCACAGCAUUGCAACACAAAGACAAAAACACAUAUCCAACAUAUCAAAAAAAAUAAUUUUUUCCACUGUCCAACACCAGCCAGUAUUACUAUCGGAACUGCCGGUCUGCGUGGGCUAGCAGUUAGCUUAGCCUGCCCCGCUUCUGCAUCCUGUCAGACCGCCCUUGGUGUUUCCUCCUCCGGCACAGCUCCAGGCAGGGCCGUGGUCCCUGGGCCUACCGGACGCCGCUCCGACCAAGUUCCCCCAGCCGAUCCAACGCCAUCUCUCCGAGCCAGACACCUCCGACACACCUCCCCGCACUCCACACAACGACACCAAAAACACAGUCAACGGCAGACAAGGCCACCGCCAGACAGAACCUCGGUGUUGUCGGAACUGCCGGUCUGCAUAGGCUAGCAAUUAGCUUAGCCUGCUCCACUUCCGCGUCCUGUCGGACCGCCCUCGGUGUUUCCUCUUCGGGCACAGCUCCAGGCAGAGCCGUGGUCCCUGGGCCCACAGGAUGUAGCAGACCAAGCUCUCCCAGGCAAUCCAGCGCCAGCUCUCCCAGCCAUCAAACGAAGACACAAACGUAGACUCAGACAAAGACAGUACAUGGACGGUACUAGCUGAGGCUGCCGCAAACAUAAGUUCACGCUGCCAUCUUCCCGCACCGGUACUGGGUGGGGCCACUGCAAAUGUGAGUUCGCGCCGCCAUGUUCCCACACCAGAAGCGGUUCAUUCACACUUUAGGCUACAAGGCUACCAGGAUAGUGAGUACCUUUUGUAUUUCACUGGAAACAGUAUUUGAAUCUGCCUCCUGAAUUUGUGUUUCGCAAAUUACGACGCUAUCGUAAAUUUAGUUUCGAUGCGAAGUAUUCGCAGGCGGGUAUUGAGCAUUUUCAUGUCAUUUAUUCGUCAUGUCCCCAUUGUGUAAAGGCCUUGAGAGCAUUCAGCAGAGAGAGACGUGGUGGAGAGAGAGAGGGGGAGAGAAAGGCCACAUAGGAAGUCAAAAAACAUGGACUACUUUCAGUGUGUCUGCAUGGAGAACAUUGUCAUAUGUCUGUAUUGUGAUAUGACACUGGUGUCCUGCUGGAGAACAGACAGACAGACCGACAGAAGAGACAUUAAACCGGCUAACUUAAUGGACAUGCCGUUCAAAUAUCUUUUGUACAAACGUCCAUUGCUUUCUACCAACUUGCCCUGGACGGCCGCGCCUCCUGUCUCACCCGCCAUUUUCAGCGGUUCUUGUUGACAGAAAGACUUUUUCUGGUUUCCUCUUUUGUACAUUUUACCUGCUGUCCCAAGUCGACGUCUGCAUGUAAAUAGGAGGGCGUCUGUCAUUUAUGUGCCGUGUUACAACCAAAGACUUUUGUCCCCAGCGGAAAUUCUUUGGCCCACAAUGCGUCAUGUUCUGUACAGCAUCGCUUUAGGUUCUCAUAAACCUCCGGGCUCUCGUCUAUUCAUAUGUUCGCCGAAAUCCGCCGGUUAAAAGAAGCUGGAGGUGGGUAAAUCCGAGCCGACACUCUCCCUCAUUGUCAGAUGUUGCUGUGACUAAUGGACUUGACAUUAUAAAGGUUCGCCUCAACCUUGUGCACAAGUCGUGGACAGGCGGUCACCUCUCAGCCAUACUGAUUGCUCCCGCUGUGUUGCACUGAAGCAGAACCAUAUCAGGCGUCAGCGUGACUACAGGUUUUGAAGGGCGGGAGGAAGGAUGCGGCACGUCACGUUACCCGAGUACCUGUGCGCCGCUGACAUCGGCUGUCGAACCAAAGAUACCGUGCUUGCUCUCAGAUGUGUCCGUGCGUUGUAAAUGCUAUCACCAUGUUUUUGUUUUGUUUUUUAAUUAUUAUUAUUUUGGUAUUUUUUUAUACCUUUAUUAGAUAGUGAUAGCGGAGGCAGACAGGAAAUGAGGGCGCGAGAAGACGCGAAGGUCGCCGGCUGGAUUCGAACCGGUGACGGCUGCGACCACGUGGUCUUGUGAUCAUGUGAUCAUGCGGUAUGAGCACUAAAUCGGCUACAGAGGCACUCCUGUUAUUAUCAAGUUUAAUAGAAUACUCGGUGCAAAAUAUAUAUAUAUAUAUGUCACUACACACACUGUCGAGCAAAGUGACAAAAGAUGUGUGACGUUGACCCGUACAGACGGCCAUUUUGAUUGUGAGGGGUAAACAUCUGUACGUAAGUUCCGUUUUCGUUUUUGCCUUAAUUUCUUUUACUCACAGUCGCUGGGUUUGAAAUGACACAUUUCUCGUAAAUACUUGACAAUAAAGGGGGGGGAUAAAUCACCAACCCCGGGGUUAAGCGGGCUAGCUUACUCUUCUUUAGCGAAUGUAGAAGUUCUCUUUUUAUGGUCUCGGAGGUCCGUGCCAAAGCUGCGGGCCGCCCGCGCCCGCCGGGGUCCCGCAGAGGUGGAAACUUGUCGUCCCUUGUCGUAAUUUGACCCGUUUUUAACGUAAAGCACUUCCUCGUGGUUGGCUGAAGGGGGGGGUUGAACUUAUUUUACUUGGGUGUUUUCAAAAGCCGGCCUGUAUACAGCGUUUGCAUCACCUCGUUUGAUCAUUAAGGAAUGACACAGUGAAUAAAAGAUGAAUUGCUUUGUUUUCUUUGGGACGCGAGGCCUUCAAUAAAACCUCAC